CUCUGAUCCACACAGUGGACAGAAAGGUAACUAUACUAGCAGCGUUCAAGAUGAUUUCAGACCAGACGUGUAUCCUCUUCCAUGAAUACACCAAUGAGAUUAACUACAUAAACAUCAUCUCUGGGACAGGCUGUGCGUCGUAUGUAGGUUUUCAGGGCGGGGCCCAGUCUCUGUACUUCGGUAGAGCCUGUAACGUGGGGAACCUGUGCCAUGAGCUGAUGCAUGCCCUGGGCCUGCACCACGAGCACACACGGCCAGACCGUGACCAAUACGUCACCAUACAGUGGGACAACGUGGUCCCAGGAAAACAAGAUAACUUUAAGGUGAAGGAAGGAGACACUCAGGACCUGCCCUAUGACUACGACUCCAUAAUGCACUACGGAACUUAUUACUUCUCAUCAAACCGGAACCCCACUAUUGACCAAGAAGAGGGAGUCCAGAUUGGACAGAGAAAUCACCUGAGCCCCCUGGACAUAGCACGCCUUAACAAACUCUAUCAAUGUGAAUAACAAUGCACAGUUUAGCAUUUAUUACACCAUCGAAGAAGAUUCCAACACCACUGCUGCCGACUGAUUCCAACACACAUGGCACUGACAUCCUAACUUCUCUUCACAACAAUGAAUAAGUUGAACAAGUCCCUUAAAGCUUU